AUGCAUUUUACGCGCUGUUUGUCACACAUUGUGACAACACUACUGUAUGCCAUCCAAAUAAGUAAUGCUUGCACAAUUUGCACCAACGAGUCGCCUGAACCAAUUAUGUACUCACCGGCACCAUGGACAUUGAAAGGCACAAUUUACUCCUUCUUCCUCCUGCCAGGAGUCGGUAUACCUCUAUUUGGCGAUCUCCCAGUCAAAGCAUUUCCACCUCUAGAGCGGCAGUAUCCCGAGGCAAUGGCAGGAACAUACAAAGGAUUUUUAGGAAUGAUCCAAGUAAUUCGAUACACUGAAAGUCCCGUCGGCCCAUACGAUGAACUUCUCAUCGUGCCGGGUUUCUUUACGUACCCUGGUCCAGACGGGUCCAACAUCACCAAUGUCCGCGUCAGUCGCAUCUACGUGAGCCAGAAGUAUACGGCAUGGAAUGGAAGAGAGAACUGGAACAUCCCAAAGCAUAUUGCACGCUUCGACUGGACGACCGAUGCCGGUGGCGGCGAAAGCGUCAAGAUAUAUCCUUUCGACACCUCCGGAGAUUCAUCCGAGUCCGGACCCAGCGAGAAGCCGUUCUUCCAAAUGUCUUUCUCUCCACUCUUGCACGGAAUCGUGCAGAUACCUUUCAGCACACAUCUGUACGGUCUCCUUGGUGUCAAUGUGACGCUCGUCCAGCCUCCUGUGCCGCAGGGUCAGGACGUUUAUGGAGCGAUGGUUGGCACCCAGACAGCCAAGUCUGUUGUGCCUGGACAGUCCAGUGAUAAGACGACGGCUGGGACCAUCAAUCUCAGUCAGGCCGGAGGCGACGGCGAAGAGACCGGGUUCAAUGCUGUGGGAGAUGAAUAUUAUCCGAAUUUUUGGCCGGGGCUCUUGUCGACUAAUGUUGGCUUGAGGAUGGAGGAUGCUACGAUUACAUUCAGCGAACCUGUCGUAUGGAGCGUUUGA